AUGGAUUUUUUGAAGACCGAUGCCAUCCAGGAGAGACUUCAAGUACAAGACACCUUUGUGCUAAGCAUCGCCUGCUGUCUGCUCCUCGGGUUCUUCGCACUUCUGAGGGAAGCCUAUCGAACCGAUAUCCCCAAAGUCAAAGGAAUUCCAGAAGUGCCCGGUGCUAAACCCUUCAUUGGUCACCUGGGCCCAUUGGGAGGGAGGGAGAAACGCAACGACACAGUGAUCUUCUCUCGCUGGGCUGAGCAGCUCAAGACCGACAUCUAUCAGAUUCGGCUGGGCAGUCAAAGAGCUAUUAUCGUGCAUGGCUGGGAACCGAUCAAGGAUCUUUGGCUUGGUCAAUCAACGUCGUUGAGUGACCGACCAUGGCAGCCCGGUAAGGCCUUAUCCAACAAGAGCGCACUCAUGACAUUGGUUGACAUUGCCCCAGGGUUCAUUGACAAACUAGGCGUCGACAUCUCCAGCUCUCCCUUGACUCCCCAAAUCAAACGCUGCCGCAUUUCAGCUAUGAAAGCUUUGGGCAAACCUUUGUGGCCCGACUACUAUUCUCUUCUGGAACCCUCGUCUGUUGCGAUGAUGAGACGGGUCUAUGAGCGAGGCGAAAAUGGCCAGAAAACGAUCGAUCUCUAUUUGUAUUUCCAGCAAGUGGUGUACGACCUCAUUCUGCAUUUGACCUAUGGCGCCCGUAUGGGAGACAUUGACGACUCCUUUGCCACCGAGUUGCUGGAAUCCGUUCAGGCCUUGACCGAAAUUCGGUCCUCCACCGCCGACUUCUCUCACUACGUGCCACUCCUCCGAGCCAUUCCACGGGGUGAGACGAAGGUGGUCAAGACCGAGAAGCGUCGUCGGGUCCAGUUGGACUUUCUUUAUCAACAAUAUCUCGAUAAGGUGGCCAAAGGUGAGGAGAUCCACUGCAUUGUCUCCCAGCUGGGUAAAGAUAAGCUGAGUCUCGAGGAAAUUCGGGGCACAUGUGUUUCAUUACUCCAGGCAGCUCCCGAAACAGUCGCCUCGGGCAUGUAUAUGGCGUGCGCAUGGCUCAGCACGCCUGAAGGUCAAAAGUUUCAGCCCAAAUUGCUCGAUGCUAUUCUCAAAGUCUACGGUGGCGACAAGGAAGCAGCUUGGAAUAAUGCUUUUCGAGAGGAAGCUGUGCCCUUGGUUACUUCGAUGUACAAGGAGACUUUGAGAUGCUACGCUCCCACUCCAUUUGCCCAGGGACGUGCAGUGUCCAAAGACAUUCCAUACAGAGACUUUGUCAUCCCCAAGGGGAUCACCAUUAUCAUGAACGGACAACAAGCCAAUUUGGACCCUGCUGCCUUUGGCCCGGACGCUGGUGUGUUCAAACCGGAAAGAUUCCUGGGAGACAACUCCGCCUUGCCACAUUUGGCCUUUGGUGCUGGAGCUCGACAAUGUCCUGCCAUGAACAUCUCAAACCGGAUGAUGUAUGGACUGUUGAUUCGGACUGUCCUUGCAUUUAGGAUUCAAGAUGCCGGUCCCGGAGGUAGAAAACCACCUCUGGACAUGCGGGAUUUCUCAGACUAUUAUGGCUUGGUCAAUGUACCUCGCAGCUACGAUUGUCUCAUGAUUGCAAGGGAUCCGGAGUGGCUCCUGAACUUGCCGGAAGAAAAUGUUCUCGAGUCCGCUUCAAAGAAAUGA